AUGGAGUCACGAGCUGCUAAAGAGGCAUGGAAAUCAACAAUUCAGCGCAUCGGAUCUCAACAGCCACAACCCUCUCGGCCGGUGACUACGUUCGCAGUGAAUGGAAUUAACAGCGAUAGCGCCAGCCCUGCUUCACGAGCCUCUUCGUCAUCUGGGGCGGCGACAACUGCGACGUCGAUAACUGGUGUUGGUCGAAUCAGUUCUGCUAGCAGCACUGGCACCACAAUGACCAGCGGUCUUGGUAGCAGUCUGACUGCCUCCACUACGACACCAGGGGUCACGUCAUCUAUGGUUCCUCCCGCAAAUGAAGCUAGCCAGCUUCUGCGUUCGUCACUACAGGGCCUUUCAAAUCAACCACCUACAACUGGAGCAUAUCUUGUAGUCUCGAGUGGUACGAUGGGAGUCGGUGUACGCCGGUCCUUUAACCUGACAGAUUCCGAGUCAGAUCGUUCCAGCCCGAUGCUAAGACUUAUGAUGGAAGAUGGUAUUGAUACUAUUCUUAGCACUAUUUUUUGCCCGGACGCAUCUACACUCCUGGCGUCAACGCUUGCCGAACUACCUGCUCAUUCGGUCGAUCCACGUCUUUCUACUGACUGGUUUCAGCGAUCACCUGGCUAUCUCGAUAUGGCUCGCCUUGCCGUCUCGCGGCCCAACAUGGCCUCACUCCGUGAAUCACGUUGGCAAGGCAGAGGCUAUCGCUACCCUCAAUCAGCCCAUCUUCCUCAGAAAUACCAGCAACCUGUCUCUACAGACAGUGAAGUCAAUUCAAGUAGGAAUUUAGAAAACUUGCCGGAUAUGCGGGCUGGUCUUCGAGUCAGCGACACAUGCGCCUCUGAUCUCUUAAUCCCUUCAGGUGUUUUUUUAGCUACGAUCAAUUGGAAGUAUGAACUGGUAGAAAGUUACCCUGCCCUCCUAAUCUUACCUCAGGGCAGCAUUUUUCUUUAG